GGCGGGGCCAGUGGGAGUUACUCGGGUGUGAGCGAAGGGACGACGGAGCUGUCAAACGGCAACAAUCGCCUGAAAUAUUAACCCGGGCCGCGGUACAACAAACAUCGUCCUUUGCUCUUUUGUGGGAACGAGGACGACAGAAACAGACGUGGAGGUCACUUUGAGCUUUUGGGUAUUUGGACUCUCAAGCCGUCGGCGACGGAAAACUUCCUGUUUUGUGCGUGUUAGUGGAUCUCAGGCUCAUGUUUGUUAGCUUUUCUCUUAGCUUAGUUUUGUUGACAAACUAGCCACAGAGGGAGCUGCGUUACCAACUUCGCUGUUUCGGGGGGUUCGCUUGCCGUCUUCAACACAUGCUAGCCGCGGAAAAGGCAUGGAACUCAGCUUAAACUCUUCCUGCAAACAACUCUAUGAAAUAACAACAGGUCUCCAAGGGCUUCCUAUACAUCUGUCAAACAUGUGAAAACCCUCUCAUCCAGGUGGACUCCCCAGUUACAAGCAGCGAGGAACUCGACACGUAGGAAACAUCUUGGAGGCAGCCAGCGUGUGUCACCAGGGCUGCCCUAAUCAACAUUUAAAACUGAAGUCUAUAAGAAGGCCCAUUUACCCUCACUGGUAUCACCAUUUUUCACAUCACCAUGGACCGGAAUAAACGCAACUCCAUCGCUGGGAUCCCUACGCGAGCCGAGCGGAUCGGUGAGGACAAAGAUGGUAUCGGAGGGGUAGGGGUCUGCGAGAUGGCCAUGGUCCCGCCCUCACAGGUGGGCAGGGUAUGGCCAUCGUCCUACAGAGCCCUCAUCAGUGCCUUCUCCUGUCUUACACGCCUUGAUGACUUCACCUGUGAGUGGAUUGGCUCGGGAUUCUUCUCUGACGUCUUCAAGGUACGUCAUCGAGCUACAGACCAAGUUAUGGCUCUGAAGAUGAACAAGCUCAGCAGCAACAGAGCUAACAUGUUGAGAGAGGUCCAACUAAUGAACCGGCUUUCCCAUCCACACAUACUCAGGUUCAAAGGAGUGUGUGUCCAUGAGGGCCAACUUCACGCUCUGACAGAGUACAUCAAUGGUGGAAACCUGGAGCAGCUUCUAGACAGCAACAAACACUUGAGUUGGCCCACGAGGGUGAAAAUGGCCUGUGAGAUCGGCAGCGGCCUGGCCUACUUGCACUCCAAAGGCAUAUUCCACCGGGACCUCACCUCCAAGAACUGCCUGAUCAAAUGUGAUGACAACUGCUACACUGCGGUGGUGGGAGACUUUGGCCUGGCAGAGAAGAUCCCCACCAAUCUUGCUGAAGUAGAGAAACUGUCAGUGGUUGGUUCUCCUUUCUGGAUGGCUCCAGAGGUGCUGAGGGAUGAACCUUACAACGAGAAGGCGGAUGUGUUCUCCUAUGGUAUAGUCAUGUGUGAGAUCAUUGCGAGGGUCCAGGCUGACCCGGACUUCCUGCCCCGCACAGAGAACUUUGGCCUGGACUAUCACACGUUCCAGCACAUGGUGGGGGACUGUCCGCCAGACUUCCUCCAGCUGGCCUUCAACUGCUGCAAUAUGGAUCCUAAACUCCGUCCAUCCUUCCCAGACAUCGUCAGACACCUUGAGGAGAUUCUCGCACGCCUUAAAGUUGAAGAGAUGGAGCAUGAGUGCGUCCCACUCAGCGGGGACAACGACAAGAAGACCAUACCCAAAGGUGAGAAGAUCCAGGGCUUCAAGCGACUGAACUCUCUGGGUUUCCAGGACGAUAAAAUCCCGCCAAAAUCCCCCCGCCCCCGCCGAAACAUCUGGCUCAGCCGCAGCCAGUCGGACAUCUUCUCCUGCAAACCAGGAAGGAAAGUCAACGUCCAGGAUCCUUACUAUAACCCCCCCAUCACUCACGGAGCCUCUAAAGCUCGCAAGAUCAACCCGUUCACCGCCCGCGAGGACCUGUGCGGGGGGAAGAUCAAGUUUUACGACGUGCCCAGCAAGUCGGUCUUCUCGCUGGUGUUCGACCUGCACUCUCCUCCGGGGAGUGUGUUCAGCACCCAGCCGUCUGCUCGGGGGCCCGGAGGAGCCCAGCAGGAGACGUCGUACUACUGGCAGCAGUUGCCGGGGAGACAGUGUCACUCCCUACCGGUGUCCCCCCAACUGCCCCGCUCCGACGUCUCCCACCUGGCUGCUGCUGCUGUUAGCUCCAACAACAACGGCUCUGUUACCUGUAACCUCAGCCAGCUCUCCACAACGCUGCCACCAACCAACUCCAGGUGUGACACAGGCCUUAUUGGAAAUGACGUCCGGCAGAAAGGAGUGCUGAGUGGCUGGGUGAAGAAAUACGUCGUGGUUGAGAUCCCGCCUUACUGCAGGCAGAGAGGAAGGGAGGAGGAACAAGAGGGACAAGGGAGGAAGGAGGGAAACGAGGAGGAUGAAGCUGGGGAGAGCUGGUCUCCGAUGGUCCCCAGCAGCGACAGAAACAGUGGGGAGGCGAUGGACUGCUCCACUAGCCUGGCCGAAGGUGAGGGACAAGACAGAGUGGCAGAAACACACUGCCCCAUGUAACUAACACACACACCCACACACACAAAUGGAGGAUUUGGUGGAUUUGGAAAAGAGAGGGAUGGAUUUUUUUUCCCUGGACUGAGGACAGAAGCAGUAGACAGAGACAGAAACCUGCCUCAUGUAACACACAUUGAAACACACAAACACACACACACACACACACACACAAACAGCAGAGAGGGACACUUUUCCCCCUGGAGGCAUCAGACUGACAGACCGGACACAUUUCAAAGGUUUUUGAAAAAAUAAAAAGUAUAAAAAAAGAGAAAAACCACUUAAGUUUUUUUUUUUUAUCUGCCAAGUGAAUUUAUAACGGGGAUUCAUAAAUCUAGCACACCUGAUGUAGAUAAAGAAGUCUCUUCUAAAGAUAUUAUAACCCAGGUCUCCGUUCAGCACAAACAAAUUGUAUCAACACAAUGGACACUUGGCAUAGAGAUUAUUUUUUUGAAAAAGGUUAAUAUUUAAUAUUGUGAGAUGAUUUAGAUGUUUUCUUUUCUUUUAACGGUGUCUUAUGUUAGGCAUUUUGUCCAUGAUAAGGUUUAUUGAAGAUCCCUUGUGUUGUGUAUGUGCGAGUGUUUAAAAAUCAGGGCUCGUGUUGUGAUACUUUCCUCCUGUGUUCUGUUUAUGCUAAAUAAAUAAAAAAGUCCUAUAUGUUUCUGAUUAACAAGACAGAGCGCUGAUAUUAGGACAAGGAAAUUUAGAGGAGAUUUAGUAUAACUGUGUGUAAAAAAGAGACAAGAGUUGAAUCUCUAACCAUGUUAGCAACCCCACCGAACUAGACUGCAGAGGUAAAACAUUUAAUCAGGUCUCCCCAAGGUGAUUCACCUAACAGCGAUGGUGAAUAAGAGAGGAGCCACUGGAUGACAUGGUGGCCUUUUCCUUGGGUCAGGAGUGCUGUAAAUCAGUCCAGCUAACACCAUUCAGCAGUCAAAGCCGAGCAUUCACAGGCAGCCAGGGCGAGACAUCCCAUCCAGAAGACAAACUGUAGCCAAAUGUAGUAGUAAAAGGACACUGUAAAGUUUUUUUUUUACAUUUAAAAGUUGCUUCUCAAAAGCCAACUUUCAAAUCUCGGAUGUUGGAGUUUAAUCAAACGCACCAUAAGUUUUCAAAACAGUCUCCAUAGCCUCCAUAGCCUCUCUAUUCACACACAAUGAUUAGACAAAAUUAAGCCACAUUAAAAGUAAGACUAUGUAACUUUUGAAAGAAAAGAUAACAAUCUUCCUCUUUCAAAUGAAAAGUUGAAUUACUUUUUCACUUCAGAACACUCAGGGAUUUACCCGCCAUAGCCGUCCUCGGUCUGGUAUUACCAGUAGCUCAUGGUGGCUAAUGUUAGCACACUUUAGAAAUGGUUGUAUUGACUUUAUUAACUGUUGUGUACCACAUCCUUUUUGUGUCACAAAUACAGUUGCCAAAGGCAAAAAUCCACUUUCACCCUGAGUCAUUAAAGCAACGAUUCACAAAAUCCAAAAUGAAUUUAAAUCCAGUCAUGCUGUAAUUCAUGGCUACAGUGGAUGAUGUUCUGCAAAAGUUGCGUAGUCUCACUUUAAACUCACAACUGAAACUUGUAGAAACAAGGUGCUCACUGAAGAUGGGAAAUCACCUACUAUAAAGGGUAUCGUUCAGAAAUAUUAAAAUUCCGAUACUGUGUUCUCAAUACCGGUUCCUAAACAAUAAUUUUUUCAAUACCAAUUUUAUAAAACAAAAAGAAAUUACAACAUCACAAACAUAUUAUUUAUUUAUUUAGCUCCUACCCGGUGAGCCCCGUCUUUCUGUGUAACUUAGUUUUUGUGUGUGUUUCUAAGUAGUGUAACGUUAGACAGCCAAUCACAGACAUUAUUAGAUCUUGGCAAUAGCACGCUCUAUGCUUAUUGGCUCACUGAUACUGAUUUUCUUCUUGGGUUGGGAAUAAGGCAUUUUUCCAUACUCAAUACUAUUGGUACCCAGCCCUAAACAGCAGUAAUGUAAAAUAUACAUCAUCUAUAUACAAAAACAGAUAAUACAUUUGUCAAAUAAGCUGCAAAAAUGUCCUGAAACAGUGAUGUGAAACAAACGGCGGUAAACGGUUGAUGCUCCUUCCAGAUUGUUGGUUAUCGGUCACAACCGGAAAGUUGCCAUGGGCUCGUUGUUUCAAUUUGAUGCUGAGAAGACGAGAGGCUUGCUUAGGUCCUACGUGCAGCCUGCGGUGUUUUCUGCCCCCAACAUGUCCUUCCAGGCAGCACGGCAGUGGUUACGUGUAGGGUUAGCUGCCUGGAAGGCGAUGUUGGAGGCAAAAAACACCAUCGAGCGCAGCCUGCUACCCUCAAGUUAUACUGCCCCAUGCAAAGACAAAAUUGUAUGUUUAAUUUAUUUAAUAAUUAAUUUAAAUCCCACAUUUAAAUCCCACACAAACACACUAGGUUUAAUUCUGUCUCAACCGCAGCGUCUUAAAGAAAAAAGAUACGGCUAAACUUCAUUCACCUUUAAAGUCCAGAGACUUCACAUAAUGGAGGCAUUUGACAUGAAAGGGGCAGAUGACUCAGUCUCAAAGAAUACAACCCCGGGGUUGGAGGAAUAAUAUUUCGAUUUUGAGGGAAACUGCACAACCUGGUGUUACAGUUCUUACCGCUCAGACGUGCCUGUUGUCGAGUUGUCCACUCUGUUGUGAAGAAAAUGUCCAAAUCGAGUUGAGCUGAUUAGUGUUUGAAAACCACACCUAAAAUAGGUGUGUUCUAUCCCAAAUUAUUAGUGCUAAACAAAUGAAUCCACUUUUUUCUUUUCUUGCAAAGAUGGUUCAGCCUAACUUCACGUGGUGGGAGCUGACUUCAAAUACAAUGUGUGUUUUCUUUUAACUGGAGCACAUUUAACCUCAGAAUGGUUUUCUAAAUGUUUGUGUACAAACUAAAUGACUGUAGGUUUCUCUUUGUUGAAGCCAGUUUGUCUUUGUUGUUCCAUUCUGCUGAUCUCAGACUCAUAUGGUCCCAUCACUUCAAUAGGCACUAAAAUGCACUUGUAAGGCGAUCUCCUAUGAACUUAUCACUACUUUUCUAUGCAACCAAUGUAACGUUUAUGACACUGUUUUACAGUAUAAAGGAUCUAAUUUGAUAUUUAUAAGAAAACCUUUUUAAUGUCUUACCUUUGUAUAUUUGUGUAAAAAGUGUGUGUUACCUGCCUGGAUGAAUGCAGAUUGAGAUGUUGUUUUGCUGAUAGAAUAACAAAGCUUCUCAGAG